UCGCGUCACUUGAACACGCACGAGGCCACCAGCAACGGAACAAAAUGGCUGCGAAGAUCGAGAAAGUGGACAUGUCUUUGGACGAUAUCAUCAAACAGAACAAGAAAAAUACCAGAGGUGGAAGAGGAGGACGUGGUAGACGAGGCAGAGGAGGUGGAGGACCAGUUAGAGGCGGCAGAGGACGAAUUAACAAGAAUAGAUCGACUCCUUAUUCUAGACCUAAACAGUUACCAGACAGAUGGCAGCAUGACCUUUUUGACGGCGACAGUGGUUUCAGAGGAGGACGGAAUCGUAGUGCUGGUGGCGGCAUCUCAACAGGCUGUAAACUUCACAUUUCCAACUUGGAUUUUGGUGUUUCUGAUUCAGAUAUUCAGGAGCUGUUCAGUGAGUUUGGAGCUCUGAAGAAGGCCACAGUCCAUUAUGAUGCUUCUGGUCGAUCCCUUGGUACAGCUGAGGUGAUUUUCCAACGACGAGAUGAUGCACAACGUGCCAUGAAACAAUAUAAUGGAGUUCCACUUGAUGGAAGGGAGAUGAUUAUUGAAUUAGUUACAAGUGCAUCUAAUGUUGGAUCAGGUGGCUUCCAACAACAAGGUCAAAGAAGGCGUCAGCAGUUUGGCCAAAGCAGAGGUGGUAACCGUGGAAGAGGUAGAGGGCGUGGUAGAGGGCGAGGGGGCAGAGGUGGUGGUGGUUCCCAGAGAGCGAAUGUGACUGCAGAGGAUCUUGAUGCUGAAUUAGAUGCUUACCAUGAAGUGGGAGAUGUUGAUAUGGAGGAAGACUGAGUGAAAAUCUUCCAUGACUUGACAGCUGAUAUUCACCUUCUUCACAAGACAUGGAAACCUAACUUUAAGCUAUUUAAUAUUUGCCUUGUGAAAGGUUUUGUAAAAUGAUGAUUUGCUUGAAUCAGACCUCUUCUUUGUUUAAAUUGACAAAUUUGGGAUACAUUGUCAAGGCUUUCCUGACUACUGUUAUGUGAUCAAGCCAUCAUUUCUGAAAACAGUGAAUACAUUAGUCUAAGUCUUGUCUUAAAUCCUGUUUUGUUUGAUAUGGGAUUUUUAUUUCAUAGUACAUGUAUCUGUACAAGUGUUAUGACAUUGGCUUUUAAUUGUAGUCGCUUACUGAAGUAUACUUUGAGUACCAAAACAGACAAAAGAGAAUUUUUUUAGCAGGGUCAGUCAUUGCUGUUGUAGAUUUUAAAGAGAGUACCAUACCGAGAAAGGAUUGGAUUUUUAAGAGGUCAAUGCUUCUGCACUGUAUAUUUGUAGGCACUAUUUGCAGCAAGAAACUCUCCAUUCAAACAUUUUCUUGCUGUUCUGAAACAAGAACUUGCUAGUUAACACGAAUAAGUGUAGUGCAGAUAUGUUUGUCCAUUGUGCAGUUUCAGAAAAUAUCCAUGCCCACUGCAAGAACAAUGAUCUGAAAUUACAUCAUGGCAGGAAGAUUUCAAAGACAAAGUUGUGAGACCUACAGUAGAAUUUCUGAAGGCAUUAGGGGUUCCAGCCAAUUCCGUUCAUGGGGAGGGUGUGGAUAUUUCUGGAGCAGCACAUUUUGGAUUAAUUACAUUGAAGUUAUCCGUGAUAAAGGGGCAUGAUAAUGUCUUGUUGUCAAGUAGGAUUGCUUGAAUAAUCCUAUUAGCCAUGUUGAAACAUUGAGGUCUAUGAAAACUUUUUUAAAAGUGAAACAAAUUUGAUGUCAAUAGGUUACAUUCCAGUAUGACUGUUAUGAACAUCCCUUGUUUAAAAUAUCAGCUGGUUUUUGGAUUCAGAAGAAUACAAGAUUACCCUAACAGACUUCCCUUCUCACAAUAAAUAUUUCAUGUAGAAGUUUUAGUCGUGCCUUUUUUGAACCAAAACCCAAAGGAAAUUCUGAUUCUGCAUCAUUUUAAAUCCAGUGUAACCCUGAUUAAUCACCUAGUUUUUAUGGCAACUGUUUCUUGGCCUGUAUUGUCCUUAUUCCUUAUCAUAAGUAGACUUUUAAUGCAGACAGUUAGGCUUGAGUUCUGUUGUUCUGUCAGGUCUGGUCCCUAAUCAUCUUUUCCUUUGGGGAGAAGUGCAGGCUCCUUUCCCAAACAACAGCUGGUAAUCAAGCCCAGAUUUUAAUUUGCAUCAGUGGUUGGAUUAAUGGGGUUCCACUAGAUGAAGAUUGUUGUAAUGUUUGCAGUAAAAUUCUUGUACUAUUUCUAAUAUAGGACUUUGUAAUGGAGCAAUAAAUGGUGUUUCUAAGGAGUAAA